CCGCUGCUUCUCGGCGCGAGCUGGCCGGGUUGGCGCCGGCGCGGCGUGGAGCGGGGCUCGCUUCAGCGCCCCAGCCCAGAGCGGCCGAAGGACGGGACUGGGGCCCAGGGGGCGGGUUGUUCGCAGUCCCGAUCCUACGCUUGUAGUCGGGUUCUGUCAGGUUGCUGGGCUCUCUAAGCGCAGGUAUUAUAUGCAAGGGGUGUGUCGUGAAGGAAGCAGGUGUUUGUUUUCACAUGACUUAACUACAAGCAAACCCUCUACUGUCUGCAGAUACUACCAGAAAGGACAGUGUGCCUAUGGAGCUCGCUGCAGAUAUGAUCACACCAGACCAUCUGGGUCUGGUGGUGCAGUGGGUACUGUGCCACCUAGCCAUUCUUCACCAUCGUUCAACAGCCCUAACCCUCUGCCAGAGCAUAACAUGCCUGUAAUCAAGAGCAAAACACAUGAGCCCGGAAAACGCAAAAAGAGAACAUUAGUGCUUAGGGAUAGAGAUUUAUGUGGUUUGAGUGAAGAACAGGUGAGACACAGUGCCGUGAGUGACCCAGUGUGUUGUAGUGACAAAAAUGAUAAUCUGGAAGUGAAGCCCCAUUCAUAUUUAGAAGCUAUUUGCAGUGGGCUCAAAGAAGAUUCAGUGGCUGGAAGUUCCUAUGCUGAUGGACAGCAGCUAUGUCCCUAUGCAGCAGCUGGGGAAUGCCAGUUCGGUGACCGGUGUCUUUACCUCCAUGGAGAUGUGUGUGAAAUCUGUGAAUUGCAAGUACUUCAUCCCUUUGACCCAGAGCAGAGGAAGGCUCAUGAGAAGAUGUGCAUGGCAGCAUUUGAACAUGAGAUGGAGAAGGCCUUUGCCUUUCAGGCAAGUCAGGACAAAGUAUGCAGUAUCUGCAUGGAAGUGGUGUAUGAGAAACCAUCGGCCUCGGAGAGAAGGUUCGGAAUCCUUUCCAACUGCAAUCACACCUACUGUUUGUCCUGCAUCCGGCAGUGGAGAUGUGCCAAACAGUUUGAGAAUAUAAUCAUAAAAUCCUGCCCGCAGUGCCGAGUGACAUCAGAGUUUGUAAUUCCUAGUGUAUACUGGGUAGAAGACCAGAAUAAGAAAAAUAAGCUGAUUGAGGCAUUUAAGCAGGGAAUGGGGAAAAAGGCCUGCAAAUACUUUGAACAAGGAAAGGGAACCUGCCCAUUUGGAGGAAAAUGCCUUUACCUUCAUGCUUACCCUGAUGGGACACGAGCUGAACCUGAGAAACCACGAAAACAGCUCAGUUCAGAGGGGACUGUGCGGUUCUUCAAUUCUGUUCGGCUCUGGGAUUUUAUUGAAGACAGAGAAAGUAGGACUAUACCCAAUGCUGAAGAUGAAGUGACUGAGCUUGGAGAACUUUUCAUGCACCUCUCAGGGGCAGAUCAAGAGUCUGCCCCUCCUCAAUAAAGGGAACAAAGGAACAACAGUUCUGUUUUCUUCUGUACCAGUCCAGCUGUUUACUUUACUUAAAGGUGAUUUUAGUUUUUACAGCAAGCAGUAUGAAGUAAUAUGGCCUACUGGUCAAGUCCUUGUAGAACUUUUAUAUAAUCUGUAUACAAACAAUACUAAAUAAAAAAUUAACAAGUGUAGGGAGAAAGGGA